AUGGCUGGCGACGAUGAGCAUGUACACCGCUUUGAUUAUGCCCGAAAUGCGAAUUUGGUUCUUCAUUCAGACGGCAAAAAACGAGGCGAGCACGAUGUAGAGGACGGCAGUGAGAUCGGCUCUCUUUGGGGUCGCAUCAACCCCUUAGAAUUCGGCGCAAAGGCGGAGAGGGAACGGCCGAAGUUGCCUAGCACGAAAAGGAAGCCUCCCUCUGAUGAAUCUACAAAUGGUGGCGGUCAUAUGAGCGAUGCGCUAUCACAAUCUUCUUCUUUGACCCUAAGUGAGCUUGCGACGCUAAAAUAUCGGCCACGAACUCAGGAGACUCGCUCCAUUUACGAGCGCAUGCUAAAGCUGGUGAUGGACCUUGCCGAAGAAGAGUCGGGUGAAAUGGGACGGGCGCUUCUUGACGAGGCUCUGAUCAUUCUCUGCUCUUCCGAACUACGUGAGCUUGAGCAGAGGAGCUCUCUGGAGGCCCUGUUAAUGCGCCCCAUGGAAAGUCUUGCAUUUUCGCAGCUUCUUGCACUCUCAAAACGCCUGGUAGACUGGAAUGCCUCGGCAUCGACAUCUACGGAAGCAAAUACUGCAGAGGCAGAAGAGGAAUCUUUCGGUCUAACUGUAGUGGAACCAGACCAUCUCCUCAAUGAUGAUGAUGAUGACGGCGGCGGCGAAGCAAGCCAGUAUCUCCCAGAUAUCAAGGAAGAUCCCGAAGAAAAUAUCGGGCAAUUUAGGGGCGAUGAGGAAACGGAAAUCGACCCCUUCUACUUGUCGCAUGUGGUACCCUCUGAAGAGGAACAAGGAGACAUGCACCUGCCAAAAAGUUCUAUUCCGAGAAUAGACAUUCGAGAUAUCGAUGUACAUUAUCUACAACGACUGCUCUCCUUGCCAGGAGAAGAUGCCUGGGUUUCUCACUCAAGAUCUAAAGCUGUUCUCGCCUUGUUGCAAGACCGUACCCUCGAGGGUUGGAUCCUCGAAGGCCGGAUCCUUAAAGAAUUGUGCAAGCACCAUUCACGCCACGAAAAUCCAUUUGAGCUUCUGUCGCUUUUAGUGAGCAAUCGUAUGGCAUUGGUGGCGGGGAUAGCCCUUGCAGAGGCAGACCCUCUCGGCGGAGAUGGCGAGGCCAAAGAAGCUAUUCUUCAGCAGCUCAUCGCUGAAGGCCCAGAGGGCGCUGUUCUUGCAGCGCUUGUUGAUACCCCAAGGACGACAUCUGCGGUAGCGCCGUUUGAAAAAAAUUCUACUGUCGACGCGUCCUCUGUAAUAGCAUCGACUGCCCCUUCCAAAUCAAGUUCUAGCUCGUCAGCGGAAACACUUGCGGCGAUGGCGCGUGAUGCCCGCGACGCGCAGACGCUUGCUGCGCGUAGACUGCCACUACCGCCAGGUUCUUGGCGACGUGCUCAUGCUGGCUAUGAGCUGAUUCACGUUCCAGCACCUCCGGCGAUUCCUGCUCACGUUCGCGAUGCUCCUUCACUUUGCGUUGUAGAGGCUCUCCCCUCAUGGACCCAUGGGGCCUGGGAGGGCCAACCGACCCUCAAUCGCAUUCAGUCUGCCGUACUUGCGCACGCCUUUUUUUCGGAUCAAAAUUUAUUGGUCUCUGCGCCCACUGGUGCUGGAAAGACCGGAAUUGCCAUCCUUGCCUUGUUACGCCUGUUUGGCUCUGCUUGUGGGCGUAAAAUCGACUUUCCAGGCUGCAGCACGAUUAUAGAAUCUUCUGACGGCGAGACCGUCGCAAGCAAGCGGUCCACCAUUGCCGUUUACAUAGCCCCUAUGCGUGCGCUUGUAAGUGAAAUUACGGCUACGUUUCGAUCCCGCUUUUUGGAAAGUGGGCUUUGGGAUUCCAACGAACUCGCCAUCUCCGAACUCACAGGAGAAUCGGGAGGUGGUUUAGGUGCUCUUCUCGCCGAACAAGGCUUUGCCUCAUGCCGUCUAAUAGUGGCCACGCCAGAAAAGUGGGACAUCGUUUCCAGAAAACCGGCGGCACUGAUCCCUGAUUUGCUGAUCGUAGACGAAGUGCAUUUGAUUGGAGAUGCACCAAGAGGUACUGCGCUGGAGGCGAUCGUAGCGCGUUCUUUGGGCGAGGCGCGUAUUGUGGCGCUUUCAGCCACGCUUCCAAAUGCUGAGCAAGUGGGUAGCUGGCUUCGAGCCCGCGUUCAUUGCUUUGGCGGCGAAUGGCGCCCGUGUCCCUUAUCCCUUUCCUUUUAUGGUGUCAUGGAACGAAAGGUAUCCAAGCGCAUGGCGAAGAUGAAUGAGAUUCUGCUUGAAGAGGUCAUUGAACGAUUGCCGCAGGGCCCUAUCCUUGUGUUUGUGCACUCGCGGCGGGAAACAGCACGUACGGCACGGCUGCUGCGCGAUGGAGCUGCCACUCGUGGCCUUCUUGCUCUUUUUCAUCGCGCGGGCGGGAAUGACGCCGAAGAUGCUAACGAUUCUGCUUUCGAUUCGGCAGAGCUUGGCGAGCUGAUGCCGGCGGGAAUCGGCAUCCAUCAUGCUGGACUUUCGCGGCAAGACCGCGGUACUGUUGAGCGGCUCUUUGGCAGCGGACAGCUUUCUGUGCUCGUCUCCACAGCCACAUUGGCAUGGGGCGUUAACUUGCCCGCACACACGGUCAUCAUUAAGGGCACCGAAAUAUACGAUCCAGGCACGGAAUCAGGAAGUGGCCCUGCAUGGACAUUGCUAAGCUCCCAAGACUUGCUUCAAAUGUGGGGGCGUGCCGGGCGGCCUCAAUUUGACCGCCAUGGCGAGGCAUUGCUGCUGACCUCGCACGAGAACCUCUCACGGUAUGUAGCUGUCACGGCACAGCCGGUGCUUUCUCAGAUGCUCACCACGGCAGCGACAGAUGGGGAAGCCGACGGCAUCACAUCAUCGGCUUCUUCCUUUUCUUCCUCCUCCUGUUCUAUGAUGAUGCGAAUUCUUCCUCACCUUGCUGCGGAAGUUGCUCGUUCUACGCUUAUACGAAGUAUGGACGACGCAUGUGCAUGGAUUUCAGAUCGAUUGUUUUUGGGGCAAAUGGUUCGUGACGACCCAGCUGCGCUUGGGAUAGACCCUCAAGGGGGGGAUCCCCGAGAGUGGAUUGUGACGCUGGCGUCAGCAUCUAUGGCGCUGAUUCGCCUCCUUGGACUAGUGGAGGGCGCCACAGCGUCCUCUUCGUUGUUUCACGCAACUCCACUGGGCGAGAUUGCGUCUUUCUUCUAUAUAGCACCAGCCACCAUUCGGACUAUCCUCCAUGAGCUCCGCCCACAGGGCGAAAGAGCAUCGAUUGCUGCCGUAUCGGCAUAUGAACGAGUGCUUUCUUUGCUUUCACGCACCAUGGAGCUUGCCGCCCUUUCGCGAAUCCGCGAGGAAGAACAAGGGGCGCUCGAUCGCCUUGCCUCGCUUCUACCUGUGCCUAUGGAGCGUACACACAAAGCAGCAUUGCUUCUGCAGGCCGUAAUCAGUCGCGUUGGAUUGGAGGAUGGGCCUAUGGCAAUGGAUGCUGCUCAUGUGGCGGCAAUAGCUCCGCGAUUACUUCGCGCUAUCUUUGAAAUUGCGGUGAUGGAGAGAGGAAAUCGAGGCGGUGGAGCGGGUCUGUUUGCAGUGGCCCGUACCGCCUUGCUGCUUGCGCGCUCAGUAGAACUGCGGUGUUGGCCCACUUGUUCGCCAGUCAUCCAGCUGCUUGACAAAGAAACCACCGCAGCAGCAGAUCUUGCGCGUCUUGAACGUCGCGAAUUGAACCUGGCACAGCUACGAUUGCUGACUCCCGGUGAAUUAGCUGCCUUGAUCCCGCAGAAGAUUGAUUUGAGCGUGUUGCCGAGCAUUGAGAUCACAGCCUCUGCGAUCCCCUUGACACAAGAUAUUCUUCGCGUUGAUGUUGCCAUCCAGCGUACGGAAUCCCAUUCGAUUGCAUUUUGGCUGUUUCUGACCGACCUGGAGGACGAGAAAAUCCUGCACCACCAACGGCUCUUGUUACGUGAAACUGUGACAACAGCCACUCUUCGUGUACCCAUUGGUCGUCCUGUGCCGCCAGCCAUUAUGAUUCACGUGCUUUCAGACAGGUUUCAUCACUGCGACGUGAGGCUACCUAUUUCUUUCCGUGCCUUGCAACUCCCUGCGGAUGAGGAAGUGCCACUAAAGCGCAUCGAACAGCUUGCGCCAGUCUCUUUGGAGCAGGUUCGCGCCCUUUAUAUGUGCCAGGCCAAUGUUACGGAUUGCAUGAAAACCGAUACCACUUCCCCUGAUCAUACCGUCAUGCUCAGUGCCGUAGAGCGGCAUGUUCUGUGGCUUUUAAGAUUGGAGUGUUCGCCAUUGGUGGUGGGGUUACCGUUUUCGCUGCUUGCCGAUGCAGCCACUAUGGUGCGUUUGCUGGAGUUUGGCAUAGGCUUGACCAUUGCUUGCGAACAGCCUGUAGAGGUAGCUCUUAUCGAUGAUACACCUAAAGUGAAAAGGCAACUGGUUUUGGCCACAUCACCAUGGCGUGGCAGGCGCGUGGCGUUGGGCCGCACUUUGGCUGCGCUCUUUGAACCCGGGCAGUUGCUCUUGGAUGAGAAGCAUUCGCUUCCGUCGGCCCUUGCCUCCUUGUUUGAAAAUGCGGAUCACCAAAAGCCUGUAGUCGCAGUGGGCGAAGUCACGUUCCUUUUUGGACUACUUCGUGCUGUAUCUGCGUCUUCUUUCCCAUUUUCCGUCCGCUUGGUGAUGGAAUGGGGGGUGAUAAGUGAGUCUCAAAUGCUGUACCAAGAGCUUUUGCUUACAGAAAUACAUGCUCUGGCAGAUGCUUCUGUGUCGCUACUUGUGGCCCCUGCCACCAUGCCCUCAUUACGAUCGCUUGGACGCUGGGUUGGGACAAGCCCUGGCCGACUUCUCCGCCUGCCGCAUCGCCGACCGCAGGCAUCUGUUGUGCGCUUUUGGAGAGUUGACCAGAAUGAAGAGAAAAACAGUGCUUUUUUACCAUUGCUUCCGCUCAUCGAAGACAAUGGCCCACAAACGAGUCGUGAUAGCGUGUUACUCUGCGUCGCUGAUGAGGACGCUGCAAACGCGCUGGCCGCCACAUUGAUGCGCCAUGUUCGUUGCAACAAGCUUUCCUUGGCUACUGAUGCCGAUGCCAUCGCAGAAUUGAUUGGCGAUGGGGCUGAUGUCAAAUGCGAUUAUCUCGAAUGGCUUGCAGCUGGCAUCGCAUAUGCUGCCGAUCCGCUUGGAUGGACGGCUUUCAAUAGAGGGCUUCUCCCGAUUCUCAUCACCCCACUUUCGAUGGUAGGAGAGGUCAUCGCCUCCACCGAAAUUUGCCGAUUGAAGCAAAUCAUUGCAUGGCAAACGGCGGCCGUGUUGGAAAAUGCCUGUAUGUUCGGAUUGGGACUAGCCAUGGGUGCACCUGCCACUAUGGGCCCGGUGCUCUUUAGUUGCGAGAGCCAAGGUCUCUCGACAAGCAUGAUGAUGUCCCCUGGAGAAUCUGUCCUGAUGCCAUCACUAGCCAUGGCACUUCCAGCUGCACUUCUCGCAUCUAAUGCUGGGGAUGAAGCAACCUUGCAGGCGGCUAUGGAUUACAUAUGUCAGCACAGUUGGUUGCUUGAACGGAUGCGGGCAAAUCCAAACUUUUACCAUUUGACAGAGCGUUCAGAGAUUGUCCUUGCCGAGCGGCUUUCCGAGGCGCUUGAGAGCGCACUAGACAUGGACGAGGAGGCACAGCAGAAAGAAUCUCACGCAGACCAUGCCCCUGCCACACUUGCACGUGUGGCUACUCAUUAUGGGCUGAGCGACGAGCUUUUGCGCACCAUGGUUUGGCCGAACAUUUUACCAACAACGAGGGCCAAAUCUCUGCUUGCCAUUCUGUCCCAAGCAACGGUCACGUGUGCUGCUGGUCACAUCAGGGUGCCAUGCGUUGAUUUUAUUAACGCAACUGGGCCCUUGGACGUCAAAUUUGGCGUUUCGCUGCUGAGCGCGGUUGUCGACAUUUGCUUACUGAAGAGCAGUUGUGGGGAGGAUGCCAAUUACUUGUCCACAGCCCUUGCGGCAAUGGACCUAGUCCAAGCUCUGCGCCAGGGCUGCAAGCCUGGACGAGCAGAUCCUGUUGAUGUGAUACGACGGCAGCUAGGGCUUACCCCGGAUCAAGUGCAAUCGCUGAUUUCGGCUGUUCCUCUGGGCGAGACCCCCUCGCUUUACGAGCUCGCUCUUUAUGUACGCGAACCGGAACAUUAA